CAGGAAGCGGGUUAUAUUCAUAUAUUUUGAAUGGAGGGGGAGGGAAAGCGAAAGUGAGAGAAUUGUGUAACUGGCGAUCGCCUAUCUGACGGUUACUGUGCCCAAGGAUCUGGCUUCGCAAUCCUCGUUUCAUAUGAGACAUUAUGCCAGACAGAUGUAAAUCUCCAUGGAUGUAGCUACUUUUUGCCAUUCUUGCUUGGACUAAGGAUCCCAUUGUGACAUUCGUGGUUGUGACAGGCCUGGAUCCUACCGUUUCAAAAUCUACAAAAUGGAUAACACAGAAGAAAAAGAAAUUGCUCCUAAAAAUGAUGGGUUUCAAUUCCGGAUGGGUCUCAAUGACAACAAAGCUGGCAUGGAAGGUCUGGACAAAGAAAAAAUAAAUAAGAUAAUAAUGGAUGCGACCAAGGGCUCAAGAUUUUACGACAAUGAACUCAAAAGAGACCAGCAAGUAAAUCAGCGGAUUGAGAAACUGAUGCAGCAAAAAGCUCAACUGACCAGCCAACAGUUAAAAAAAGCUCAGAUCCAGGUGGACAGACUGGCUUUGGAACUUGAAAAGAAACGGGAUUUAAGACGCGUAAUAGUUCAUAUUGAUAUGGAUGCGUUUUAUGCAGCAGUAGAAAUGCGAGACAAUCCGGAACUGAAAGACAAACCAAUGGCUGUGGGUUCAAUGAGCAUGCUGUCCACAUCAAACUAUGCUGCACGAAGGUUUGGGGUACGAGCAGCUAUGCCAGGCUUUAUUGCCAAGAAACUCUGUCCUGAUCUCAUCAUUGUUCCUUGUAACUAUGACAAGUACCGUGCUGUAAGUUCUGAGGUUAGAGGAAUCCUAGCAGAGUAUGAUCCUAAUUUUCUACCUCUGAGUCUGGAUGAAGCCUAUUUGGAUAUUACUGACCAUUUAGAAGAAAGACUAAGCUGGCCUGAAGAGAAAAGAAAAUAUAUCAUUAGAACGAGCAAUGCUGCAGAAGAAGGAGCUCUUCAAGGUGCUGAACCUGACCCAUUACCUUGUGAUGUUGCUGAACAAGAGCAGUGCACGUCUCCUGUGCUUUUUGACGACAGUCCUCCCUUAUUUGUAGACCAAAACAUUGCACUGUGUGCUCAGGGAAAAAAAGGAGCAAAUGGAGAAUCCAGGUUGGAAAACAUAGUUGUCUUUGGCUUGUCGGCUGAGGAAGCUGUGAAAGAAAUUCGCUUCCGAAUCGAACAAAAAACCACGUUGACUGCGAGCGCAGGCAUUGCUCCAAAUAUGAUGUUGGCAAAGGUUUGCAGCGACAAGAAUAAACCAAACGGGCAGUAUAUUAUUCCACACGACCGGCAGGCUGUAAUGGACUUCAUUAAAGAUUUGCCAAUUAGGAAGGUCCCUGGAGUUGGGAAGGUGACGGAGAAAAUGUUAAAAGCUCUGGGAAUUACAACAUGCACUGACCUCUAUCAGCAGAGGGCGCUGCUGUCACUCCUCUUUUCUGACACCUCCUGGCACAAUUUUCUGAAUAUUUCUAUGGGCCUUGGAGCUACACAUAUAGAAAGGGAUGGAGAAAGAAAAAGUAUGAGCACAGAAAGGACCUUCAGUGAGAUGAGUGCCCCAGAAGAACAGCUUGAAUUAUGCCAGGAGCUUUGCAAGGAUCUCGCACAGGACCUUUGCAAAGAGGACCUAAAGGGAAAGACUGUAACACUGAAGCUGAAAAAUGUGAACUUUGAGGUAAAGACUCGAGCAUCCACAGUUACAUCUGGAGUUUCCACAGAAGAAGAAAUAUUUUCUGUUGCUAAAGAAAUUCUUAAGGCAGAGAUCGAUUUGGCUGCACCUGAACCAUUACGCCUUAGGCUUAUGGGUGUAAGAGUUUCAGGAUUUCUGUCAGAAGAUGAGAAGAAGAAUAAUCAGAAAAGUAUCACUAGCUUCCUGUGUCCGGGUAAAACCGCAGGCAGCAAUUGUGUAAAACCACCAAACAAAGCAGAUCUGGUAGUGGUGAGCCAAAAUCCACCAAGAGAAAGCUUCUUUAAUCAGAAACGGGCAGCCAGGCAACUCAAAAUGCAGGAGCCCCCCACACAGGAGCCAGGGGUUCCCAACGCAGAGGAGAAAAAGAAACCAGUCUGUUCUGAGCCGGAAAGCGAAGGAUCUGUUUUACAAACGAAGAGUCAAAAGGCAGAUCUUAUAUGCCCAAUUUGCUUUAUAAAACAAAGUAGUUGGGAUCUUGAAGGGUUUAAUGAGCACAUUGACAAGUGUUUAAGUAAGACACCCCUGUCCAAUGAAACACUCAAUGAAGGUGAAAAUGUUGAGGUUUCAAGGAAAGGGGAAAGUGAUAUUAAAAAUAAUGGUGGCGAAGACUGUGUUAAAUACAUUGGAAGUAGUGAUGUCCAUACAAAGAAUCUAAUAAACAAAAUUGUGGCUCCAAAACCAUUAGAAGAAAGAAAUGGCAGUAAGAUUGGCUGUGAACAGGAUCUGAAGAUUGGAUUUGAACAGAUGGACCAUAACCAUUGUGCCUUGAGUAUGGAAGAUACACAGAGUGGCUACCAGAUAGCCCAUGAACAUGUUUCAUCUGAGAUUCCGCCAGAAAAUAAUCAGCAUGGUGAUAGUAUAUGCCUAACAGCAUCUGUUUCCAUGGAAACAACAAUACUCAUCUGCCCGGUGUGUAAUUCAAAGCAAAAUACAACAGACCUGGCGGCGUUUAACAGACACGUGGAUGUGUGUCUUAAUAAAGGCAUUCUAGAAGAGCUCACAGUGGAAACUGGUGUGAGAAUAGAUCCUACCAUCUCAAGUCAUCAACAUGCCAGAGUUAUGGGAAAAGGGAAUCAAAGUAAUACCACCCAAAGGAGGAAAAGGCCAAGUGUGACUGACCAGAAUCCAGUAUCUAAAAAAUCCAAACCAACCAGUUCCACAAAGACCAUUGACAGAUUUUUUAAAUAGUUCUUUAAGUGUGUAUGUAAUUUUCAGAAGGUACUUCAG